GCGUCUGCAUCUUCCCUCUGUGGCCCCGCAUCCAAAGAUACUCGGCCAUCGUUCCAUGAUGAGCGGCAGCCGGCUCUCGUUAGCGUUACAAUCCCCAGAUAAAAUAUCGGCCAAUAGGUCUAUCAGUCCAUCUCACCAGGACGGGAACCAAGAUGGCCUCAAGCAUGCGCUGGCCGUUUUUCAGGCCACUCUAACCGAUGAUGAGCGCGCAAAACUCCAAUCUCUCAAGGGCACCUCGUGCGAUGCCGACUCCGUCAUCACCUUCACCGCAGACUUGGACCGCGCCAACCCCGCCCGCAAAGGCAGAAGCAUCGCUACGAGGUUGUUUUCGCUCCUGCAGAUCGUCCAGCAAUUCAACCAUACCGUGGACACAUACGUCUCGUCGCACCCCGAAAUCGCUGCUCUUGUUUGGGGUUCGGUGAAGUUAGCUUUCACGGUGUUGGCCAAUUUCACGUCGUAUUUCCAACAGUUUUCCGAGCUUCUUCGAGGGUUUGACCGGCUCUGUCCAGUAUUUGCCGAGUAUCGGCUGCUUUUCCCCAAUUCGGCGCGAUUGAGAGAUGCGACGUACGAAUUUCAUGCCUCAGUAAUAUGUUGUUGCUCACAGAUCAUGAUCGCAAUCAGAAAGCCUUGGCAGCAACAACUUUUGGGUGCUGUUGUCCAGUCUUUCCACGGGGAGAUGAAACCCUACGUUGACGAUGUGCGGCUGAGGGCGGAAAAUGUUCAGGACGAGAUAUCGCUCGCCAAAUCUCAGGCAGAUCAAAAGGAGCACCUUUCACAGGCAGAAGAGCGUCGUCAGGCUGCGGAAACUAGGAAAGGCCUCGCCAAAUGGUUUUCUCAGUCAGAGAAGCAAGUCGGAUGUCUCAGACAAGCUAACGAAACUGCGAACAAUGAACGGAAAUGGGAGACGUUGUUGACCAAACUCUCUUCGUAUGAUUAUGCGUCCGCCUUUAAGAUUGCGAGGGAGAAACGUCAUCUGGGCACGGCCGAAUGGGUUUUUGAUGAAGCACAGUUUCAGGAGUGGUACACCUGCGAGAAAUCUAGCAUGCUACAUAUCAUGGGGAAAAUUGGCUCUGGAAAGACCAUACUGACUGCAAACAUUGUCGACUAUCUCAUCAAGCACCGGCGUCUAAGCCAGGUUGUUUCGUUCUUUUUCGUAUGUUUCGACCUCCCGGAAAGUAUGAAGUGCGAGCAAAUCCUUCGGUCGCUGAUUCGACAAGCCUUGGAUCAAUUCUCCACUCUCGAGACGCUUUUACCUGCUCUUGAAGCCUCGAAUGAAUCGUUCUUUGAGACGAGUACCCUGUUGGAUCUUUGGUCCAAGAAAGCAAGUUCAGUCGACGAGCUUUUCAUAGUCUUGGACGGGUUCGACGAAUGUUCCGCUACUGAACGGAAGGCGUUUCUCAACGCUCUCGUCCAAAUGUACCGGGCAUGUAACGGCUCGACAAGGGUGAAAACCCUGAUUUCGUCGAGAGAGAGCAUAAGACAAGAAGUCAUUCUGUGCGAUUCGGCCUGUUUCACCCUGACCUUGGGCUCGGAUGGUAUCAUUCACGACCUCUCCAGAUACGUGAGCGAGAUUGUUUCUGAAAAGCUCUCUGUAGGCGAGCUGAAAAUCAAGGAUCCUCUCCUAGCCAAAGAUAUCAUACGAGAGAUCAGCCUUGGGGGGGAAGGGAUGUUUCUUUGGGUAUCUCUGACGAUCGAAGACAUUUGUUCCCGGCACACAGAUUCCAAAAUCCGAGAAGCUUUGGAUCACAUACCUAGAAAGCUCCCUGAAACAUUCGAUCGAGCGCUCCAACGCGUCAUCUCGAACGGAAACGAAGAUAUUGCACAGAACAUCUUUAAGUGGACCGCCGUCGUUCGCCAACCGCUGAAGCUAGAACAGCUCAAGGAGGCCUUGUCGGUGGAACCGCUCCAAGAGUACUCUCGGCCAGAUCGCUUCGUCAACGGAAUCGAUCGCCUUUCGGUCUGGUGUGAAAACCUGGUCCAAAUCGAAUAUUCAGACGAGACAGUUCGCUUCAGCCAUCAUUCGAUCCGAAAGUAUCUGCUGGAGCCUGCUUCGGGACCACUCGAAGCUUUUCAUUUCGACUACGAAAGCGCGGACAGCACUGUAGGUAUCCUAUGCCUUACUUACCUCAACUUCAACGACUUCAAGAGCGCAUUGAUGGAUCCCAAACCCACUUCCAACCGUCUACCAGUAGUCAGCCCUGCAGACCUAGCCGGAACGGUCGUGAAGUCGGCAGUCUCGGGAUCCUCCGGCGUGCGGAUUGCUCGCUUGGUCAAAAGGUCUCUCGGGAAGUCCACACCGUACUCUGUGCCUAUCCCGCUGCCAACACCAUUGCAAGCAACCUCAUCUGGGAACGCAACGAACAUUGUUCAAACCGAGUAUCCCUUUCUUGAGUAUGCCAAGAGCCAUUGGUAUACACACAGACUAUCACCGACCACUUCCACCUCGCAUUGCAAGAUGCUGUUGCGGACCAUGGUUGAAAGUGAGCACGCGCCCUGGUGGGAUCCGGAGUGGCGACCGCCUGGCAUUCGAGUGUUCAACAGCAGACAAUGGCUGGACUACCUGGAGUACGGCUGGCCGGUCAAAAAAGCAUGCGAAGUUCCUCCGCCAGACUUCUCAGAUUCCGACGUCGCCCUUCACAAGGCCGUAGUUUACGCCGAUUCUAUCGACAAUCAUGUGUUGCUGGAGCACUUAUUGACAAAAUUUGUCGAUCGGUCACAACCAAUAAGUCCUUAUGUCCUUCAAGGCUUAUUGCCUCGCAAGAGAGCGGUUGCAAUCGUUGACGGUGCGGUAUCUCAAUGUUUUUACAGUGGUUUGGUCAACUUGGCCACCAGAUACAUCGCCCGAGGUGGCGCAAUAUGGCCUGCUGGCUGCCCGGACAACUUCCAUACCGAUUGCCAUCAUGAACUCGGCAUGCACCAAGAUAUUCACCUCAUUCUCACGAGAAGUUCUCCAUUCCGUUCACACAAGGAGCGGUGGCUAGAACCAUUUGUGAGACUUUCGACCCUUCCGAUGGACGACUGGUUGUUCAGCUACCUGAGAGACUCAUUUUCAAUCUUGCCACCCGCAAAGCUGUUAUUUACGCGGACAGCAAGCGGGAAAGGCAUCCUAUCCAUAAUUCUCGAGAGAGAUGGCGAUUGGUCUCUCAAGGCCGCCACUUGGUUGCUAGAGAGAUAUGCUUCCAAGGGGGAACAAGAUGUUGUCUCAGCAGCCUACGACGCCUUGAAAUCUGCUCUUUGGUACAAAAAAUCGACGGCGAUGAAUUUCCUGCUCGAGUCGAUUGAGAGAAUGGUGCCUAGUGUGGAAGACACUGAACUCGAUUUGGUUUUCCGCGUACUUAUCACCAAAAGUCAUCCCGAUGAAACCCUCUGGCUGGAGCUCCUAGACAACGUCAAAACUAUACUGGGAUACGAAAAAACGAGGGGGGCGAAGGCUCUUUCUACGUCACUGUUCGAAUCAAUCCGUGUGGAGAAAUGGGACCUCGCGAUCACGUUUGUCAGCUUUCAUGCCAGGCUGGACUUCCUAGUGACACUAGGCUCGGCUCUCGACGUGCUGUCCGCGUUCUUCAACUCGGCUCUUGAAUGCGCCACGUCUUCCACUGAAGGCAAGCGAUGUGGCUUGCGGGUUUUAAAGCGUCUAGAUGUUUCUACUCUUGUGUACUGUCCAAAACACAUGGGCGCGGCCAAAUAUUUACUGAAAUCGCUAAAGGAUGAAGCUUGCCAUGUACCCGAGUCCAUGAGUCUGUACCGAUCGCUAAGAAAUUCUGUAUUGCUGUGGAAUCGAAACGAGUAUUCGUUGGUGUAGAGUACUCUUAUAUUUAGGAGUAGUACACCUAUCAUACACUUUACCAGUUACAAUAUAUAGA